UUAUUUACAUAACGUUUAACAUCCGAACGAGUAACAAGUGAACAAGUGGUUUUUAUUAAUAUUCGAGACAAAAUGUUGUUUCUACCUUUGAGUUUGAUAGCAGUGGGGUUAGUACUGACUUGGUACCUAAUAGGAAAGCACAAUGAGAGGUACUGGAAAAAGCGAGGUGUAAAGUUCUACAGUAAAAAUAAAGUGAUUGGACCGUACUGGGAUUAUUUCUUAACGCAACGUGCAUUGUUUGAGGUCUUAACAGACUUGUACAAGAAAUAUAGACACGAACCAGCUAUCGGUAUUGGUCAGUUCUUAACACCGUCAAUCUUUGUCAUCGAUCCGCAGAAUGUGCAGCAAGUUUUAUCAGGUGACUUCCAGUCUUUUAACCAUAGAGGCCUUGAAAGUAUUGAAGGAGACCAAUUGACAGACAAUAUUCUUAUGAUGAAUGGUCCAAGGUGGAAGUUAAUGCGACAGAAUAUGACUCCAUUGUUCACGGCAAACAAAUUGAAGAACAUGUAUUACAUCAUGGACAAAUGUGCUCAAGACUUUGCGAACUAUUUGAAAAACAACCCCAAGACACGUGAUGGUAAUUUGUUUGAAACCCUUAUGAUGUUCUGUAACGCUGCUGUUUGUGGGGCUAUCUUUGGCAUUGGAUCAGAGUCAAUCUUCGACACACCUUUCCUCAAGCUCGCCAAAAGCAUAUCGCAAUCCAAUUUUAAAAUGAGAAUGAAGUUCGUUAUUUUUAGUAUCAGUCCAAAGUUGUUUAAAUUAUUGAGAUUACAAGCUUUCAAGGAGAUUGAAGACUUCUUCAUUGGUUCCAUAAGUCAAGUGAUGAAAUCAAGAGAAAAUGAAAAUGUAAAGAGACACGACUUUGCUGAAAUUGCUUUAGCUAUACAGAAGAACGGUACCAUGAGAGAUCGUACAACAGGUUGCGAGAUAGAGCCUACUACCGGCAUACUCUCUGCACAGGCAUUUUUCUUCUUUAGUGCUGGUGUAGAGCCUUGUGCUAAUGCAAUUUUUUCAACAUUAAUUCUUUUAAGCAGUCACCAAGAUAUACUAGAACGAGUCCACCAAGAAAUUGACGAACAUUUUGAAAAGCACAGCAACAAUAUCACCUAUGACAUUAUAGCUGAAAUGAAGUACACAGAUAAGGUGCUGAGUGAGGCAAUGAGAAUAUUCCCUCCAAUUGGUCACUUGACUAGACAAUGUGUUCAAAAUACAGUCCUGCCUGUUGGUAACAUACCAAUAGAGAAAGGGACAAAAAUGUAUACCCCAAUUUAUGCUAUUCAUCACGACCCAGAAUUGUAUCCAGACCCAGACGUGUUCGACCCGGAGCGAUUCUCCAAUGAUAGGAAACCUAAAGACAAUAUUUACAUGCCAUUUGGCAUGGGCAACAGGACAUGCAUCGGUGAGAGGUAUGCCAAAUUACAAGUGCAGGCUGGUUUAGUUCAUGUCUUACGGAACUUCACUGUCAAACCGCAGAAACAUGUAAAGGUAACAUUUGCUCAUGAUCCACUUAACGUGAGACCGAGAAAUUGCGAUGUCCAAUUAAUUCCCAGAAAUAUCAAAUAGUUAUUUUAAUUGUAUUUUAACUUAUUGCAAUCAUUCUAUUGGUUGCGGUUCGCAUCGUGUACUGUGCAAGUUCUAUCAUGUGCUUGAUAGAACUUGCUCAGUCUAAUAUACAAGGAGACAAAAUGUUGUAUAUUAUGAUAUUUAAACUAAAGGAGUAUGUCUACUUUGUAGUUUGUAGUAGAGGGACACCUCUACUGCCGAUGUUUAUUGAUUAAUAAUUCUAAUUGACGAUGUUGUGAUAGCCUAGCAAUAGUUCAAUAUAUUCAAUUUGUUAUAUUCAUUGGAAUAGAGAUUGUGAAAAUAAUUAGAACAUUGUUAAUCACUUUAAAUGCUUUAGCCAACAUCUCUAUGUUGUGUAAUUUUAUACUUAUUUGAAGACAUUAUUAGGUCACUAUAUUAUGUCAUAUUGCAGUACUUACUAGUGUUAAGUUUGUAUUUUGAAGUAGUUUUUAAGAAUCAAAUUUAACUCGUAAUUCGUAAUGUUUAUAA